UGCGGCCCGAUCGCAGCGCCGCCGCAGCAGUUUUGGUCGUCGCACGUCUCACUGCAAAGCAUGCGCCGCCCAGCCGCUCGCCCCACUCAACCGUAUUCUAGUACACUAGACAUUCACGUCCUCCGUGCAUCUUCUGAAUUUGUCUUCUCUUACUUAAUGCGUUAGUGUCGUUAAAGCUGCAUAAUUAAGAAAGAUUUAGCUUCCGAGCACUUCUCGCAGUACGAUGAACCAGCACCUACAACAGUCGAGGCGCUCAUUCUACAUUGCAGAAAGUGGCGCCGUGUUUGGUCGCAGUUUGUGCGCGUGAAUAUCGGCCGCGAGUCUGAUACCCUACAUUUGCUCGCAGGUUGACGAAACUUUGCAGCAUAGAAGGAGCAAGAAAGCUGCGAUGAUCCUUGAAAGGUUUGUUGAUGCAGACAUCAAGUGGCUGCAACUGGCCCGUCAUGCCACCCGUUAUGACAGCGAGGUCCGUGUUUGCUUGGGUGAGCGCAGCCUUCACGUUGUGGGUCAAGUGCCCACGUGUCCCGCUGUGGCCAGAGGGCAAACUUCUUGAACAGCAGCCGUGCUGUCCAGCUUUUGCCCAGAAUCUCGAACAAGCGAGACGAAAAGGAAGCCUGGUUCUGCCACUAUGACUGACAACAACAGGAUUGCUGACAGCAUUGGAGCAUGCAGCACCAAGCUAGGAGGCAAGGAUGCGACCGCUGGUUCCUGGGAGUGCCACGUGUGCCAGAAGACUUUGUGCUCCAGAUGGUACCUCCGUGCUCACAUGAAAAUGCACUCGGGGACAGAGUCGCAUGCUUGUACCGUGUGUGGCAAAAAAUUCGCUGUGAAAGGGUCUUUAGUUAUGCACCUUCGUGCACACACUGGUGAAAAGCCCCACAAGUGUUCUUUGUGCCCUGCGGCAUUUGCACACAGAGCCAAUCUGAACAACCACGUCUUGAUUCAUAGUGGGGAGAGACCAUACGAGUGUGAAGAGUGUGGUCAGACAUUUAGUGCGCGAUCGCAUCUUGUGACUCACACCCGUACGCACACUGGCGAGCAGCCUUGGGCCUGUGAAGAGUGCGGCAAGGGGUUCUCCGCCCGGUCCAACCUGGUGCGCCACUUGCGGUUGCACAGCGGAGAACGACCAUACGUCUGCCACUUGUGCCCAACAACUUUCUCACAAAAGGGUCACCUCACCACUCAUAUCCAUGCGCACAUGCAAGAAAAACUGCACGAAUGCCGCCUUUGUCUGAAGAAAUUUGCUCGGCAUGACAAUGUUAUGAGCCACAUGCACAGGGUACACUAUGCAGAGAAUCCCAGUGCAGAGAUGGUGGCAAGUGAAGUGUCUCUCUCACCGAGCAGCACCUCGAUGCCGUGGCCAGGAACGAUUCUUAGGACGUAUAGCCGAGUGAGGAACCAUAACCUCUGCGAUCGUGUAGGUGCAGGCGAUGCACAAUAGGGAGACUUUGGACAUGCUGUCAAAACACCUGUGCUUAGCUGCGUAUUCUGUCGUUUUCGUUAGGUGUUCCUUGAGACUCUGAAACUGCAAUCUGGGCUGCCUUAUCCCUAAGGCCUAUGAUGAACAUGUGGCAUAAAUGUUUUGUCUGUUUAGGCAUUCUGUAGAAGCCACACAUGAUUAAUUUAUUGCUGCCGAUAGCCACAAAUCCUGUAGUUCAACUUUUUUUUUUUCUGGUAUACUGUAUAGACUCGUGCAAGGGCCACCCGCCACACCUUAUUUUUUCAUAAUUCUGGCGAGGUGCACCCCUUACAGGGGACUAAACCUUUUGGGAAAAAUAGAGCCAUCCCAGCCAGCAACUCAUGCACACCUCAAUUCCAUUGCACCAGAGUUGUUAACAUGCAGAUUUCACCAUCUAAUAGCGGCUUGAAAAAAUGUGCAGCGCGCAACAUCAGGCCACAAAAUGCGACGGCUUCUCCUUUUUGAAUUUUGUUCACAAAUUAUGGGCUGCCAAAUUGGGGGUACUGCCCUUACACGAGUCUGUAUGGUAUUGUUCAUUUUUGUUGGUGGAAAAAUGCCCAUAAAACGAAUACUUUUGUCAGUUAUUACAGAGAAAAUGAGUUGAGAAAUACAUACUUAUGGAUGGAAUGCUAAAUUAAUAAAAUAUUCUUUCCACCAGGCUA